GUCGUCUUCUCCACGUGACACAUGCGCCCUGCGCCCUUUGCGGCGAUUGGCUCCCCAUCAUUUUGCCUCUUCGAUCCAUUCCCUCUCCUCCUCCUCCCCUCCACCUCCACGCGCUCCUCCCCACCUCGUCUCGAACCCAGCUUGUUGAAACAUAUACAGUAUGUCGGGGAAGCCAUCUGAUGAUACAACAGGUCAAGUGAGGCCCGAAGUAGAUGGUUCCGAUGAGAAAGUAGAAAUUGCCAACCAGAAUGAAAAAGAGGUGAUGCCUUCACCUCAGGAAGAGGAAGCAGCAAUAAAGAAAAAGUAUGGUGGAAUAGUUCCCAGAAAGCCAGCGCUUAUAGCCAAGGAUCAUGAGCGAGCUUACUUUGAUUCUGCUGAUUGGGCUUUGGGGAAGCAAGGAGGACACCCUCAAAAACCUAAAGGGCCGCUUGAAGCACUCCGACCAAAAUUGCAGCCUACUCAACAGCAAGCACGUUCGCGUCGAUUUCUUCAUGCUUCUGUUGACAACGAAGAGGGUCUUAAUUCACCGACUGAAGAUGCAAGCCAGAACCAGGAAUCCAAUGAGGUCAAGGACGAUAAAUGAUUGCUUUUAACCGAUUCCAAGUUUCACCACAAAACCACUGUACGCGGUUUAGAUACGAGAAUGACUAUAACAAGUUGUCUUUUUUGUUCGGGAUUUUGCCAGCUGCUAUGCUCAUGCCAAUUUGUUACUUCGGUAAUAAGUACUCCGUCGCCUGUAAUGCUCGUGCCUCUGUGAGGUUUAGCUGAAUUUUGGAAAUCAUUUUUGAAUUUUGGGACAUGGUAUCAUCCUUAUAUUGAUGCUCCCUGUUUUGAUGCAUGUAACAAUCUGAGACGGAAUUGCAACAGGCGUUGUGUUGCACUGAAUAUCUGAGUAAACAAAAGGAAACUUGGAGAGUGAUAACCUUUUGUGCUUUAUAAUGCAGUUAUGCAGAAUAGCCUAUGACUAUGAGACUGGAAAGUUAAAGAGACA